UCAAGAACAUUUCAUAUCCAAGGUAUGUCGCUUCAAACAUUACUAAUCCAACUUGUCCUCCGAGUGAAUCUUCUGUAGAAAUGGUGGCCAAGGCCUCGGCUUAUACUAUCAUCCUCGUUGUCUCUUUGGUUGGAAAUGCAAUCCUUAUCCUGUCUAUUGCAAAGAACAAGCAAUCCCGAAAGUCAAUCCACUAUCUCGUUUUCAACAUGGCUGUGUCGGACUUAUUAAACCCAUUUACUAUCAUGCCCAUCAGACUUGUUCAGAUCAUCUCAACAUCAGGCUCCUGGAAGGUUGUCAGACCGUGGCUGGUGGGAAACCUAUUAUGCAAACUUUCCUAUUUUCUUAUUGAUGUGUCACUGGUCGUUUCCAUUGAAAGCCUCUUAUUGAUAUCGGUAGACAGGUUCAUUGCUGUAGUUUUACCACUUAAAGCUAAGCUCGUCUCUUCUAAAGUGCGCCUUGUUGGCGUUUUAGGGACAUGGAUUGUCGCCACUGUGGUCCACGCACCUUAUUUCUAUGCGUACAAACUUAUCCCAGAGGGUAAUAAAACUCUUUGUAAACUUAACUGGGGACCGGCAUUUGACCACAAGAAAACACAUAAGAGAUUUGUCACGGCGACUUUCAUCAUUUUCAUCCUCGUUCCUAUUGGAGUCUUGGCUAUGGUGUAUGGCACGAUAGCAUGGAAGCUCAGAAGAAACAACAAGAAACAUAAACAGCAUUUGGGUUUUCGACACAAAUCGCGGGAUGAACAACACAAAAAAAUUGUCCGAAUGUCGGUGGCUAUAAUAGUUUCUUUCAGUUUUUGCACGAUUCCACUUUUCGUUGAUUCCUUCGCUCAAAUUUUCCUAUGGGAUAUGCAAUUGCCUCCCAUUUGCACUUAUCAAACGGUUGUUCCAUUUUUGGUUGCUUUUAUGUUACAUUCAUGGAGCGCAGUAAAUCCUUGUGUUUGUUUUAUCUUCAACAGUAAGUAUAGAAAAGGCUUAAGACAAAUACCAUCAUUUGUCAGCAGUCAAAGGACAUCUGCUAAUGAGAGGAGUGUUCGGAUGGAAACGAAAAUAUCCACCAUUAGGAAACGAUUGUCGAAAUAAGGCUUAGAUUACUGGUGCCAUCAACUAAGUCGGUAAUGUAAUUCGGCCCCGUUUCGAGCGUUAGCCUUUCGCCAUUUGCUCUGACGGAGGACAACGCUCGAAACUAGGAAAUCUUUACGGUGGCUUAUUUACAUAUCCACUGGACUACUUGAUAAAACCAAAUUGUCUUGCAAUACCCCUCGGCAGUGCAGCACCAUACUUGCUCUUUAGACUCAUCACAAAAUUUAAAUAUUUCUGUCGUCCAUUUAGGUUUUUGAAGGAAGGACGCAAAACAGGUAAAGGUAAAG